AUGUCUCGUCCUGGUGUUGGAGGCGGCGGCCCGGCCGCGACUAUCGAAAACUACAUGCGUGGCUCUGACUGGAGGGGUAAGUGGCGUCAGGCCGCUGGGGUCCACCGCACCGCAUCGAAACUUUCAACUUCGGCUAAUCACCCUAGAGGGCCAAGCAUUGGCAGUACGUCCACUGAGGGGCCCGAGUGUGGAGGCGGCGGCCCUGUUAUUGUCGAUUGGCGGAAGGCUGGCGCAGCGUCUGGUACCACUCCGCCCAAGAGAGCCCGACCAUGGUCCGCCGAACCACAAUGGCACACUACUCAUGCUAAGAGCCGUCACGAACCUUGGGAGGGUGCAUGGCAUGAGAGUAGCGAACCACGGCAGGGCGAGCGAAACUGGGGAGGGGGUCGCUCGUGGGACUGCUGGGAAGCCGAUCACACUGGUGGUACUUGGCAAGAGGGCCAACAGAAGAGUUGGGAUGAUGGCCAAGAAGGUGGCCCCAAGGAGCAUGGUGGUGGACCCCCUUCGAAUGCCGAUGCCAAGGCCCACCGGGGACCAUCCGUAGAUCACCGAGGAUCGGGCGAGCCAUCCCCGAAGAAAGCCCGCAAUGUGGCGUCUAAGAGUCCUGACGACCAGCCCGGCAGUUCCGCCCUCGUGAACGCCCUCCGCAAACUCUUCCACGCUAAGAACGCUGCUGUUACUGCUGCCGAGGGCCCGGUCUCGGAGAAGGAGAAGACGGCAGAAAAGCCCUUGGGCGGAGGGGUUCUGACGGCCCUCCUCGCCAAGCAAGCCACGGGUCCCCUGGCCAAGGCCGCUCUCUCGGUUCCUUCACCAGGUUCUCCAUCGAAUGAUCAGAAUGACACGGAAUUACGUAAGAAAGUCCUCACGAGGCUCUUGUCGAGUGACAAUGCUGGGGAGUUUCUGCAGGACCCCAAAGUUGUUGAGAUGCUCCUUCAAGUAGCAUCCCAAUUGGACGAGAGUGGCCUGUCUGAUCUACAGAAGUCGGUGGUGGGCAUCGUAACGAAGCUUCAAUCGUCGACGUCCUCUGCUCCUCCUGGUGCUGCCCCUUCCACCACUAUGUCGCCGGGUCAGUUGGCUAAACGCGAUGAUUGUGUUGACCGCCUCAAGGCAAUCCUUGAAGGGUUGCGAGGCCUUUUCCUCAAACGCCAAGAAGAGCGUAUCACUAAAGCAAACGCAUCCACUAAGCCCGCGGGCGGGGCGUCGGGCGCAUCUAGCCACAGUGCUUUGGCCAGUCUUCUCUCGGGGGUUUCCGCCCAAAACCAACCAAUAUACGAUCAUAAGGUUUGGACGGGGCAUGUCCAACGAUCGGGGGUCAACAAGGCAAAGGUCAACAUCUACACAACUCUGCCAGUCAACUCGCUAAUCACGGAUUUGGUCACACAACUCGGCAGCGACCUCAACUUGAGACUUCGAGUCCCCGAUACUGAGCGGCAAAAUCAUGCAGAAAGCUCAGCUUUGUUGCUUAUGAAGGCGGACUCCGCAGCCGAUCAAGCUGAGUUGAACGCCCAAAUCGCUUACUUCAAUGGGAGGAAACGAUCAGGCGUAGCUAAGUUCGAACGUGACAGUGGGCAUUAUGCUGCGUUCAUGAUACCGCCCGGAUCACUUGCUGAGAAGUUGAUUGGUACUGAUGACUACAAGAGGUGCAAUCCAGACGAUAUGGCAACAGUUUGUAUGAUAACUAAAACUGGUACCAACGCCUCCGCAGCCAUCCCCCAUUGA